AUGAUGGCAGCUGCACCGCGUUCAAAUGUUUAUAGUGAAAAUAUAAAUAAACGUUUAUCAGUUACUAUACCAAUUCUUGAUGUUCAAAGUGGUAAUAAAUUUCCGGAACCUAUGUGUGUUAAAUCACAUGGAACAAUUACUUUUCCUGAUAAUAAAUCUCAUCAAGCAAAAUUUAUUCGUAUAUUAAAAACUGCAUCUGUAACGCAUGUUAAAGAAUACCUGAUUGGAGAAUGGUCUGGUGAACGCCCAUCACUUGUCAUAUCGAUAACCGGUGGUGCAAAAGAAUAUAAUAUGAAACCUAGAUUAUUAAGAGCAUUUCGACGUGGCCUUCUUAAAGUUGCUCGAACGACCGGUGCAUGGAUCAUUACUGGUGGUAUGAAUCGAGGUAUUAUGAAACUUGUUGGUGAAAUUAUUCAAACAAAUCCUGAUCGUUCUCGACCAAUUCAUUUAAUUGGUAUUGCUACUUGGGGUUGUGUAUCCAAUUUUCAAAAACUUGAUGUACAAGGUUCGAUUGUACAUUAUACUAAACCAUCUGGUGAAACAAAAGGACAAGCACCAUUGGAACCAAAUCAUACAAAAUUUAUUUUUGUUGAUGAUGGAACGGAAAGAAAAUUUGGUGGAGAAAUUGCAUUUCGUGCUGAACUUGAACAAGCUAUUUCUGGUGGAUUUUUUGCAUCAAAAACUAGAACAAAUUCUAUUAAUCGAAAUAUAAGUAUAUCAGAAACUUCAUCUUUACGACCAGAACCUUCAGAUCCCGUACCUGUUGUUCUUCUUGUUGUUGAAGGUGGUCCAAAUACAGUUCGAACAGUUCAUGAAGCUGUUGUUCAAAAUAAUAUUCCAGCUGUUUUUCUUGAAGGAACAGGUCGUUGUUGUGAUUUAUUUUCUAAAGCAUUCCAACUUUAUGAAGAAAAUUGUCAAAAAUUUGAACAUAUGGAUAAAAAACAAAAACAUAUUGAUCAAAAUAUUUUAUUACAACGUAAUAAGGAAUUAAAAAAUAAACUUCGUGAACAACUUAAAGAAGAACUUCGUAGAAUUAGUGGUGCAAUUGAUGCAUCAUCUUCGAAUACUGAUAAAAUAUUACGUAAAACUGCAACAACUGAUAAAACAAAAUCUGUUGAUGAACCAGAUUAUUUUGAAUUAGUUUAUGAAUGUAUUCAUACUCAUAAAACUUUUUUAAAUAUAAUCAGUCUUAAUGCACGCAAUCCAAUUGAACCUGAUAUUGAUUUAGUUAUUUUACAAGCACUAUUAAAUGCUACUUCUCGUAGUGAUAAUAGUAAAACAAAUAUUCAACAAAAACGUGAACAACUUCAUUUAGCAUUAGAAUGGAAUCGUGUUGAUAUAGCUAAAAAUUAUAUUAUAAAGAAUGUUCGAGAUUGGGAAAAUAUUGAUUUAAGACAAUUAUUUUUAUUAGCACUUGAACGUAAUCAAAUAGAAUUUAUUAAAUUAUUUCUUGAUCAUGAUUGUUCAUUAACGAAUAUAUUUCGAAAUAGUUAUGAACUUGCUAAUCUUUAUAUGGUUCACAAGAAAGAACCAUAUAAUUAUACUCGAAAUUCAUUACUAUCAAUAUAUACAAAAAUAAUUCAACCAUUAAUAGGAGACUUUUUUGAUGUCACUGCUGCACUUUCAAUGAAAGAUUUGCAAACAAAUCCUGAAUCAAUUCAUAAAAAUAACCAUGCAACAUGUACUUGUUGUCGACCAAAACAACAUCAUACUUUUUCAAUGAGUGAUCGUAGUGAUAGUGAACGAUUAGACGGAUCAAUAAGUCUUAUGGAUAUUGAUAAAGAACUUUUUCUCUGGUCGGUAAUAGCAGAUCGACGAGAUCUUGCAUUACUAUUUUGGUCUCGUGCCAAGAAUAAAAUUAGUGCUGCAUUAAUUGCUACAUUAUUGUAUAAAAAACAUGCUCGUAAUGAGAAAGAUAGUAGUUAUAAGAAAUCGGCUGAUGAAUUUGAAAAUUUAGCUGUACAAAUACUUGAUAAAUUUUAUCAAGCAGAUUCUCAAACAUGUACAAAAGCAAUUAUACGACGAAUUCCAGCUUGGGGCAAUGUCACUUGGUUAGAUUUAGCUAUUGCAGCUGAUGCUAAACAAUUUAUUGCUCGCCGAGCUGUACAAGAUCUACUCAAUAAUAUUUGGUUUGGAUAUAUUGAUCAACGAACAUCUCAUAAGAAAAUCAUUUUUUCUACAUUGAUGAUUUGGUAUAGUGGUUUUCUUCUUUAUAAUAAAGAAUUAGUUCAAUCAAUUGAUAAAGCAGUAUUUCUUGAUGAGCAAACUAAGAAAUUAAAUUCCACUGAAAAUCAAACGUCAGAUAAUAAAUGGAUAGUUUAUAAGUAUUGA